AUGGGAUGUUGCUGCUCUAGACGCUUUAUUGCAGAGGAAGAUGGAAAAAUGAAGUUCCGCAUUAUCGAUGGUAGACGAUUUCAUAAUAUUUCGAAUUCAGAGUAUUUUAUUCCGAAUGAUGAUGAAGAAGCUGAUCGUUUAAUUAGAUAUCAUGAUGCAAUGAAAGGUUUUUGGGAAGGAUUGUUUCAUUCGCCUGUUGAAGAGAAAUUGAGACAAGGCGCUCGUGUUAUUGAUUUGGGAUGUGGAACUGGAACUUGGAUCUUGGAUAUGGCAAAACAAUAUCCCAAUUCAAUGUUUGUGGGAAUAGACUUAUCUCAAAUUUUUCCAACAGAAGGUCUUCCUUCAAAUGUGGAGUUUGUCGAGUAUAAUGUGUUGGAUGGAUUACCUUAUGAAGAUUCGUCUUUCGAUUUCGUUCACCAAAAAAUUAUGAUUGCUGCUUUUACGGAAGUGCAAUGGGAAGAAAGAGUCAUCCCAGAAAUGACAAGGUUAACUCGACCAGAUGGAUGGGUCGAGUUAUUAGAAUCUGAUGGCUAUUUUAUAUCUGAUGGUAAUGCUACAAAUAGAAUUUCAAAAGCAUUCCAAAAUUUCCUUACGUCGAAGGGAAUGAACUGUAAAAUUGGGGAAGAGAUUCCACGCCUUCUUGAAAACACAAACGCGUUUUCGGAAAUUAAAAAUAAAAAAAAAGUUAUAGUUUUAGGGAAAAAAGGUGGUAAAGCUGGGCAAGAGACUCUAAGGUUUUGUACUGUCGGUAUCAACUCUUGCAGGAUCAUUUUAUCGGCCGAUAUGAAUAUAAUGCCCGAACAUUUUGAUGCUCUUGUAGAAAUCUUCUCUAUUGAGGCGGAAAAAACUACUACUUGUCUUAAUCAACAUCGAAUUUAUGGUCAUAAGAAAAUUUGA